UAUCCACCGUCCCCUCCGGGCCCUACGGCGGCCGGCGGGGGACAAGUGGCGGCGCUGUGUGAUUGCGUGCGUGCGUGAGUGCGUGCGUGCGUGCGUCACGUCCGUCUGGCGGCGGCGGGAGCAUCAUGCCCAAGUUUUACUGCGAUUACUGCGACACGUACCUCACCCAUGACUCGCCCUCCGUGAGGAAAACCCACUGCAGUGGCCGGAAGCACAAGGAGAACGUGAAGGACUAUUACCAGAAAUGGAUGGAGGAGCAGGCCCAGAGCCUGAUUGACAAAACAAUAGCGGCUGCAUUCCAGCAAGGGAAAAUCCCACCGACGCCGUUCUCGGCACCACCUCCGGCCGGAGCCAUGAUCCCACCUCCUCCCAGCAUCCCUGGCCCCCCCCGGCCUGGGAUGAUGCCGGCCCCACACAUGGGGGGGCCCCCGAUGAUGCCAAUGAUGGGCCCACCCCCCCCGGGAAUGAUGCCAGUGGGACCCGGUGAGUCUGGGAUGGGGUGACUCUGUCGGGGGUGCUGGGGGGGUCUGGGGGAUGUGUCCUGACCCACUGGUGACUAAGCUGUGGGGAGCAGGGCUGGGCUGGGCUGGGGGCACACUCUGCUCACACCUCUGUCACUGUUACCCCCCUGCAUACAACAGUCUUACAGCCACUCAUUAAAGCCCCCUUACUCCUGGCUGAGAGUCACCAGCCCUCCCUGCACAGCUGAAAUUAUGGCUCUGGAAAGCUGUAGCUGUUCUUCCUCUGCUCUGAGCAGUAAUUUUUUAGGAAUUUGGUGUCUGCAUCUCUCAGGUUUUGCACAAGGGGCACGUUUCUGCACUAAAUGAAUUUCACUGUUUAAAAUGUCUCAAGAUAACGUGUUCUAGAGAAAUAAUGGGCCUGAAAAAGCUUUUUUUUAGAACUGUAAAGGCAAACUAAAAGGUCUUUGAUCCAUUCCACUCCUGAGUUUCCUGGCAUUUGAAGAAUUCUCAGGGGAUGUCUUACUGGAGCAUUUCCCAGAACAGCUCUACAGGAACACACACAUGUGCACUGAGAGUAGUGAAGUGUCUUUGCAAUUACUGUCUUGUGGUAGAAAGUGUUCUGUAAGUGUUUUUAAAGCACAAGAUAAGUACACAAUCUGCAAUAUUCAGCAGCCUGGUGAAAAUAAAUGGCAAAGUGGGAUGGAAACCAUUAUUUCAGGGCUGUGCAGCAAAGCCCAUGCUUUUCCCUGGCCGUGCUCUUUCCCAGCUGGAAGAGGUGCCCAGUGCUUGUUCGUGGGCACAUGGGAGGCUUUUGCAGCACUUUUCUCCAAACAAACUCUCCAGAUCAGUAAUUAAGCUCACGUGUCUCUCUCAUGACUGGCAAUAAUUUACUGGUGAAUAUUGUCAGGGUGGGUGUAUAACCUAUGAGCUUGGUUCCUCCUCUGCUGAUGGCUGAGCUCCUUCAGGGAACAGAAUCCAUCUCAGCAGCUUCCAGACUGGAAGUUCCUUGAUGGGGGGAGAGAACCUGCCCACUGUACAGUGUGGAAUUUCUCUCUGUGAGGGUGGGGAGGCCCUGGCACAGGUUGCCCAGAGAAGCUGUGGCUGCCCCUGGAAUCCCUGGAAGUGUCCAAGGCCAGGUUGGACGGGACUUGGAGCAACCUGGGCUAGUGGAAGGUGUCCCUGCCCGUGGAGUGGGCUGGAAAUAGGUCUUUAAGGUCCCUUCCAAUGCAAAGCAUUCUGUGUUCUGUGGUGACUGGGCAUUGCUGUUC